CCCUCUCUUUUUAUUUAAAAGAAUGUCUAUUAACAACUCUGUCGAAAUUCAUAUAUCAAACCCACCUACAGAUCUUAUUUCCAAUAUUGAAUUUCACCCAACUAAUAAUAACUAUCUAUUAGCAUCAUCAUGGGAUGGACAUUUAUAUAUAUAUGAUAUUAAUUCAAAAAAACAAAUAAAAGCUAAAUAUAAUUAUCAUUCUUCAAUAUUGGACUGUUGUUUUCAAGAUGGAAUACGAGUAGCAAGUGGAGGAUUAGAUGGGAAUUUAAACCUUAUUGAUAUUAACCAAAAUUCAGAAAAUGUUAUUGGAAAUCACAAUGCACCUAUAAAAUGUGUUGAAUAUUGUCCUGCAAUAGGUGUCUUUGCUACAGGGAGUUGGGAUACUUAUGUAAAAUUAUGGGAUCCUCGAUUUCAAGAAUCAAAUGAUAUUAAUAAAGAUAAUUCAUUGGCACAAAUGAGUAAAGUAUAUUCAUUAGCAGUCUGUGAUUAUAAAAUUAUUGUUGGAACAAGUGAGAGAAAAGUAAAUGUUUGGGAUUUAAGGAUGAAACGUAUUGAGCAAUCUAGAGAUUCUGUUUUAAAAUUUCAAACUAGACAAAUAAAAACAUUUCCAGAUAAAAAAGGAUUUGUUCUUAGCUCUAUUGAAGGGAGAGUGGCUGUAGAAUAUUUAGAUUCUAAUCCAGAGAUUCAAAAGAAUAAAUAUGCAUUUAAGUGUCAUAGGAUAAAAGAUGAUGUGAGUUCAAUUGAAAAGGUGUACCCUGUAAAUGCCAUUGCUUUUCACAAGCAAUAUGGAACAUUUGCCACAGGUGGAUCAGAUGGGUUUGUCUAUAUAUGGGAUGCAUACAAUAAAAAAAGAUUGUGUAAUUUUCACCGAUAUCCUAAUCAAAUAACAUCUCUCGCUUUUAGCCCUGAUGAUAACUUUUUAGCCAUCAGCUCUUCCCAUUUACACAAUUUUUCAGAAUCGGACACCCAUUCCGAUAUGGUUGAUAAAGAAGGCGACUAUUAUAGUGAUAGGAUUGAUCGAAUAUUUGUGAGGGAAGUCAGCGAGAAAGAAACUAAGCCUAAAUAGAGUGUUUGUUUAUAUCAUGUUAUAAAUUUUUUGAUCUUGUGGGAUUGUAUCAUGAAUUUGACAUUAUUUUGGAUUAUUUAUCUUCUGAAUAAUAUAUUUUUUGAUAAUUUUAUACAAAGCCAAUAAGUCAUAGC